UGGCUCCUUGUCAGGUGAUCAAGGUCCGGGUAGGAGGGGUCGGAGGUUCAAUCUUCCUGACUGACGCGUCUCUAAGACUGGCUUGUCCACUGUGGGACAGGGGAACGGACUGGUGGCGUCGCUGGCGCUCGCUCUACGGGGACAGGAUUGUCUUGAGAAUCUUCGCUGAAAGCUUUUCUGGCAAGCAGCUAUGGCCAGUAAAGGGCCCUCGGCCUCUGCAUCCACUGAGAAUUCCAGUGCAGGGGGGCCCAGUGGCAGCAGCAAUGGCACUGGUGAGAGUGGAGGGCAGGACAGCACCUUCGAAUGCAACAUAUGUCUGGACACAGCCAAGGACGCUGUCAUUAGCCUGUGUGGCCACCUUUUCUGUUGGCCGUGUUUACAUCAGUGGUUGGAGACUAGACCUAACAGACAAGUAUGUCCAGUUUGUAAAGCGGGAAUCAGCCGGGACAAGGUCAUCCCACUCUAUGGCAGAGGCAGCACUGGACAGCAGGAUCCCAGAGAGAAGACUCCUCCUCGUCCUCAAGGCCAGAGGCCAGAGCCAGAAAAUAGAGGGGGAUUUCAAGGAUUUGGAUUUGGAGAUGGUGGCUUUCAGAUGUCUUUUGGAAUUGGAGCAUUUCCAUUUGGGAUAUUUGCCACAGCAUUUAACAUAAAUGAUGGGCGACCUCCUCCAGCUGUCCCUGGGACACCCCAGUAUGUGGAUGAGCAGUUCCUGUCACGCCUCUUCCUGUUUGUUGCCCUGGUGAUCAUGUUCUGGCUCCUGAUCGCCUAAGACAGGACCCUGUUUACUUCUACAGCAGCACCUCUGGGCUGGUGAUAUGCCGAACCCACUCCUGUGUUUGAUUUGUUUAAUCCCGACCCUGGAAUCAAGGGGCAGAAACACAUCAAGGAGUCUUGCUUCUCCAUUAGAGCUUUGGGACUCGAAAGCAGUUGGCGAGGAACCCCCACUUUCACCACUGCUGCACACACUCUAUAACCUCAGGUCUUGUGUUGACUCACUGCUCCUGGGUGGCAAUGGGAAGUCCUGACCCAGUCUUCUCAGCAGUCCCAGCUCUGCACAGGGAAGACAGGGGAAGAAAGAAACAGUUCUUUCUCGAGAACUUUAAAUUACAAAAAUGAAGGGAUGAACCAAAUGGUAUUCACAGACACUUUCAUCUUUUACAUACCCCUUGGUAAGUGGCCUCCACUCCCUAUCCUGAGAGACUCCCCUCCACAGCCCAGUACUGCUCCUCCUGCCUUCCCCUUCCACAGCAAAGACAAAGGGUUGCUGCCCAAGAAGGCCAUGAUCGUAGCAGCAGAAGUUGAAGAUGCUGCAUGACCUUACCAGGGACUCUGGUCCUGGCUUGGCCCUGGGCCUCGUUCAGUGUCUUGGCCCUAGAGCAGCUGGGAUGACCUGCUGUCUUCCUGGUAUAGAUUGUCCCUGAUGUCACUUGGCUCAGAUUCCCAUCCUCCUUCUCCCCUAGACUGCUGUUGAAUUCAGACUGACUAUGCUUCAGGGCUGAUGCAGGAACAACAGGACAGGUAGCCCCUGCCCCUAGGCUGGAGAAGCCUGAGUCAUCCUCUCCCAGAACUUGCCCAGAGAAACUGGAGGCCUUCUCAGGUCAGCCUAGCUGCAUGUAACACCACCACCCUCAGAAGCCAUUGUCCUUUUUUAAAAGAGGCUGGGACUCUGAUUCCAUCUGCUGUUGGUUUGGCUUCCUGGAUUUACCUGAAAACUCCUUGAAUGUGUGCUGAACCAGGGACACACGAGGCUCCUGAGCCAGCAACCCCUGGUGACAUGCAAUGCAAGGACUGCAGAGACACAGUGUGGUUGUCACUCCUAUUCCCUCACAUUGAUUUGUUCUUGGACUUACAAGCCGUUUCCUCUGAAUCUGAUUGUGGGAUUGUGGUGCCAGGCAGGAGAACAGUUCACUCGCUAAGACGGUUCUCACUCUGCCUGUCAGGCUCAUCUUAGUGUCACCUCAGCAGGGCAGCGCGAUGAGCUUCUGCUGGACCCUUGUUCACUUCUCCGGCACCUACUGCCCCAGCAGUAACAGACGCGGGAGAAAGCCUGGCCUGCUGGGUUUUCGAGAUGUGACUCUGCAUAAUCUAUGGAGCCCUAGACCUUGAGGGUGGAAAGAAUCCUCCUCCUCACUGCAGUCCUCACCUGCCGAUGCCAGUGUUAGUGUUGAAAUGAGCACAGUAUGAAGUAUUGUGUAGGAGGGUGGUUUGGCAACUGUAGCUGGUAAGAAUAAGCCACCAACUUCAUGGUGUGCCUGACAGAUUUUAAAUAUUCUUUGUCGCUUGGAAAUCCUGUCGGAGGGCCCUGGAGUGUCUCUGUUCUAGAGAGAGUUGGUAGGAUCCUUCUGUGUAGUGUGGCCCUAAGUAGUAGAGGGAAAACGUAAGCCAACGAACACAAAAGAGAAAAGUUGUGAGUAGUGGAGUAAACCAUUUGUAAGCUGGUGAAAUGGCCAACCCAGGCGUGUACCAGCAGUCAUCCCAAGGCAUGCAGUAGCACAGCUGUGGCGGCCUGUGCCCUUUGUGAGCACUGCAGGGCUGUACAUCUGCCAGCAGCUGAGGCAAGAGAGCAGCUUGGAUGCCAUGGGCCGUUCCUCCACAGGCUCACCACUCACCUCAUGGCCCAGGCAGCUUUCCCUUCUGGGCUCUUUGUGUCCUCAGCUCCACCCUUCCACCUCCCCCAUGGACAAGGACACUCAGAAAAUGGGAACAUAGAAGGCAGCAUACCUUGACCAGCCACUGAUUUUCACUGUUGUGAAAGUGAUUUGAUUUAGAAUUAAAUGGUUUUACAUUAC